AUGGUAGCCGAAGUAGGGGUUGGGGCGCGGUCUGCAAACAAAUUUGCCCUUGAUCUUCACGAGAUCUUAAGAAGUGAAGGCAAUUUGGUCAACGAAAACCUUUUCUAUUCUCCUGCAAGUCUUCUCAUCGCCCUGGCGAUGACAUGUUUCGGAGCAAGGGGAAAAACUGCCCAGGAAUUAGCGACUGUUCUUCAUCUAAUCCCUGAUUCUUCAUCUGGGCCCAACAUGAAGAGGUUUCUGUCCAACCUCAAUUCAUCAAGCGACAACAACACCAAGCUGCUCACGGCAAAUAAGCUUUUCAUUGAAAAAAGCCUUGAAAUCCUGAAGUCGUAUAGAGCUGGGAUUCAAGAGUUUUACGAUUCUGAAGUUACCUCUGUGGACUACAAACAGCGCACUGAAGAAGUUAGAGAGGAGAUUAACAAGUGGGUGGAACAGAAAACAAACGACAAGAUCAAAGGACUUAUCCCUCCUGGAAUGCUAAGUUCUGACACAAGAUUGGUUCUGGUGAAUGCAAUUUACUUUAAA